AGAACUUUACUCUCAGUGUAUCAUUAUUGAUUUCGUUGUAAGUUCUCUAUACAAUAAUUCACCACUGGUUAGGAGAGAGCAAUGAGAGAAACACACCCCUCAAAAUAAAUUCAGAACUCGCGUGUUACUCGUACGAAGCAGAAGUCAUCAUGAAGUACAUUUUGUGGGAAAUAUAUACACAUUUGCAAUUUGUUUAAUAAGCUGAAAUAUUAACAGAUUGGUCAACUUAGAACAGUGAAGAAUAAAUUCUUCAAUUUUAUAUUCAAUAUUUAAAUUAAAGUGUGUUACUCCGACAUUGUUUGAAUAUUUUGUGCAUUAUAUUUUACCUAAAAUUGUAUAGAAAAAUUAAUUACAAUGGAUAUACCAUUAUCGAUGUUGUUGUUGCUCAGCCUUGUAUUUACCGUCAUAGGAGGUGUUUUAGUUCUUUUGUUGCAAUAUUACCUUUAUUUACGAUUUUCCGUGCUUCCUGAAGAGAGUGCGGAACAAAAGGAUAUCAACACGAAAUACUCGCUGCCAACGACAAUUCAGCAAACUGCACAUGCCAUAAAUCUAUCGCCGCCUAUAUCGUCGGUGCCCGGACACACGCAUACUGUAGGUGCUGCCGAAGCAGCACCAUUAAUGUCAAUUAACUUUGUGAUGCAAUUUCUUUUCCAUGAACUGAAAAACUCCAGUCGCGUGCGGAAAUGGUUCUACCGCAAAUUGUCGUUAGAACUUGAUGAACUAUUGGCCAAAACUACAACUGGCAAGUUGUUUGAUAAGUUGACGAUAAAAGAACUGGAGCUUGGUGAUCAAUUUCCUGAAAUUAGAACAUUACGCGUGCACAGCAUUGAACUGAACGAUACCGGUGAUCGCAUUGAGAAUCUCGAUAUAUUACUUGAAAUUCAUUAUACAGGAAAUUUCCGAACAUCCAUCGAUGCCGAUAUGGUACUAGGUAAAAAGGGAUCUCUCACCUUAAUCGUAAAACAAUUGUCUGGCUUGGCGCGACUACAAUUUACCCGUGAGCCAUACACGCACUGGUCGCUGAGCUUCCUGGGGGAUCCAGAACUUGAUUUGGCGAUCGAAUCCAAAUACCAGGGUCGUCAAAUGCAAUCGAACAUCACUAGUCUGAUUUCUAACCAAAUACGGAAAGCAGUGCGACGCAAGCACACGCUUCCAAAUUAUAAACUAAGGUACAAGCCAUUUUUCCACAAAACACCAGAGGAAGAUGCUGACGGAGAUAUACAACCAAAUGGUACCCUGGAGGUCAAAGUGUCCGAAAUAUCGCGACUAAUGUGCCCGGAAGUUGUAACAGAGGUCUACUGUACACUGACUUUAGCCUCGCUUGCAUUUGUCGAGAUACGUCAGAAAGACAAUCGCAAUGUAAUAGUUUUGAUUGACAUUGAAAUACACAAGGCGAAGAAUCAACAGAUCGGCAUACUAUUUAAGCAAAAUACUGAGCAAUGCGUGGAAAUUGAAGCAGUUUUGCCCAACACUCCCGCAUGCAAAUCCGACUUACGUCCAGGUGAUAUGUUAAUUGCAAUUGAAGGCAAACGAGUGCAGUCUAUCCAACAAGUGGCGAAGAUAUUCAAAAGUUUGCAAACUUCAGCCUACCGCUUACGUAUCGAGCGUGUUAUUCCCGGUAUUAUAAGAAAUGAUGCAAUUUUGGAGGAUCUCGAAUUAUAUGAAGAUUUGGGCGAUGCCCAUACGGGCUAUAGUGUGUGCAAGACUCCAACUGAGACCAAUGAGUUAGGCAGUAGACAAGCAUAUAUCCGUCAAAGUACAGGUGACAAAGGUUCUUCCAGCGAGUCUAGCCUUGUUAAUACUCCAACUAAUUCACCAAAAAAAAGUAAACUUAUAACGAAAGCAUUGAAAAAGACCAUCAGUCGUGAGCUCAAUGAGCAUAACAAGGAAAAAGAUGAAGAACUUAAGAACUUGAAAGGCAAACAGUCAUUAAAAACGGAGGAUAAGACGAAGGGUUCGCCAAAGGUUCUGAUUGACACCAUAGGUGAAGUGGAGCAUUAUUAUCAGCACUCAACCGUAGAUCGCAGCAUAAAUCGUCUCAUACAUAUGGAUGAUUUGAGCUGCUUCAAAUUGGAAGCAAAGUCGCGUUAUCUGAAUGUGGGCGUGUAUUCAAAAAGUGCUGGCGACGGCGUAUUGUUAGGCUUUGUAAACAUACCAGUGGGUCAGAUUUUAGCUGAAUGUUGCGAAACAAGUUUGGUGCAGUGCUGGAAGAAAUAUGAGCUAAGUCCACCAAUCCCACAAGAUUUGAAAACGCAUAAGCUUUCCAGCCAAUCUGGCUUUAUACCCGAUUUGUGUUUUGGAGAUGUGCUUUUGGCUUUUACCUGGGAAGGUAACCCAAAUCUGCAACCUAGCGAGCCACCAAGCAAACAAGCUUCUAAGUCCAAGAGCAAAAAUAGCUACGCUGAUGAAAAAGUUGAUAACGAUAGUGGUGUUUUUGACACAAAUUCGUUGCGGACCACACCAAGUUCCAGUUCACUCACAUCGACUAACCAAACGAUUUCGAAUCAGUUGCGUUCGCACAGCUUUGUGCGUACCCAUUUUCAACGUGCAACCCAGUGCGAUUUCUGUGGCAAAAAAAUUUGGCUGAAAGAUGCGGUCCAAUGCAGUGAGUGCGCCAUGUGUUGCCACAAGAAAUGUAUAACGAAAUGCCAGAAUGCGACAGUUUGUGGUCCUGUUGAUUGCUCCAAUGUGCUGCGGCAACCGUCCAUCACUAGCACAACUCCAGAGUUCACUGUUACUGAUGCAGACACUUGCGAUGCUUCGGAAGGUGAAGAGGCCAUGCCAUCAAUAUCAGGCGAAGAGACGGCAGAAGCAGUUUCCAUUAAAACGCCACCAACGCCAGUGCUCGAGGUUCAUCGUUCAAGUCUGACAGGUCUAUUAGCACAAGGAAUAAAGCGUGUUAAUUCGGCGAAUAAUCUCGCUAUACCUGGCAUUGUGUCUUCAUUGGCUGGUAGCGGUGGUGGUGGAUCAAGUGCUAAUUUAGCCACAAUGGCGAAGAGCUUGCCGCCCAGUCCACAAAGAUCGCCAUCACGCAAAUCCUCGCUGGUUUGUAGUUCUUUUACUACUUUCGAUGUAGUUACAAAACGUUUGGAAGCUGUACCAUCCGAAGUGACAGCUUUGAGCAUCGAACAGAUUAGCUCAAUUAGUGAGCCAAUAAUCGGCAUCCUUAAAGAUGAAGACGUCAUGACUUUAGCUAAAAAUGCCAGCAAGAAUCUUUACGGCGAAUUGCCAGCUGCUGAACGCAUUGAACAAAUCAAUUCACUGCUUAGCAAACUACGAUUGGCUUUAGACAGCGAAACGGCUCUUUAUUCUAGCUUGGCAUCUGGCGACAUAUCGAAGAGGGAUAACAUUGACGUGAGUAGUGCAACACUGGGAAAGUCGGAGGACCGUGUCCAAGCGCUCAGUGUAAUUAUGUUAUAUCUGUGUACUGGACUUCAACAUGCCCAGGGUUUCGAACUACGUUGAAAAGAAUCAAAAUUUUACAAAAAAAAAUUAUUAGCAUAAGUGUAGAAAAUUUUUGGGAACUCAUAGAAAUGUUGAUCUGAAGGCUGAACUAUUAAUAGUGGAAUUUUAAUGUAGCGCUAAAAUUUAAUACCCCCAAUUAAAUUUUUUGACAGUUUAAAAAUAGCAAAAUAUAUGGAUGUAUACUCGUAUAUAUUUUAUGUCUGUACAAGAAGGUCUUUCAACGCAUGUUCUACCUAAAGUUCACAUUUGUGGACAGUAAUGCAGAUUGAAAGAACUUCACCGUUUUUUAUGAGCAAAAGUUGUUUAAAUAUCAGAAAAAUUUUAAUGUACUUAUAAACAUACUAUAUGUAUGUAUAUGCAGGUAUAAAAAUAGAAUCUGGCUGGAAUGUCUGUACACACUUAUUUAUUCGUACGUAGUCGCAAUUAUUGUAUGUUGAAGUUGGUAUAUUUCGAUGUAACAUAACUUAAGUCUGCUUUUUAUAAGAUAAUACUGCUUUUUUAUCAUAUGCGACACUUUAACUGCUCCGCCCCACACAAGUGUUAAUAUUAACUCUCCAAUUCAUUUGAUCGUAUUUAUCUAACGCGUUAAAUAAGUACUCUAAAUAGAGGCGCAAUUUUGUAUUAUUUUCUACAUCACCUCAUUUACUCUGCAAAUACGCCUUGAACUAUAGGGACAAAAGCUAGAAACUUUUUGUUCAAACUCUUGAUUCUUUUGAAAUAAUUUCCUUGAAGUUUUACAUACAUAGGUACAUAUAUGUAUGUACUCGUAGGUAGUUCGGUAGGUGCGUAUGAGUAACAUUCAAUUCAGUAAACUUUUAGUAAAACCAAAGACAGUAACGAAGGGCGAAGUUCGAUUCUAAGCCAAAGGUUUGUUAUAAAAACGAAAAUCAUUAUAUAUAUGUAGCAUAUAAGAGUUGGGGGUGGUACCCCACACGAUUUGAUCUCUUUUUGCCAACACUACAUAUGAUGAAUAUGUCACAUACUGAUAAAAUGUUCCCUGAGAUUCACUAACGUAAAUUACAUACAAUCGCCAAUCAUAUAAAGUAAAGUCAACAGGAUGUUAUAUGAUUGUUAUAUGGGGCCAUACGCUAAAGACAAUUUCAUAGUCAUGAAAAAGGAAAAGACAGCAAAACAAUCAAGGAAUUCUCUAAAGUCAGUUCUAUGAAAAUUUGAUAUUCACUUGCUGAUACCUUGCAUAAUAUGUAAUUUUGAUGUCUGUAACCAAAGAACGUUAAUGAAUUCUUUAACUAGAAGCAGUAGGUGGAAAUACCACAUUCGCUCACACAAUAUUUAUUACCGCCUAAAAGUAUGCAUUGAUUGAGCGUUGUAGAGUUUAUAUUAUGCUUGUAGUCUCCAAAAAAGCUAUUUAAGCUUGAAACAAGUUCCAUAAGAGCUUGUUUGUGAAAUUAAUUAGUUACUACGACUAUGAUGUUUAUUCUUUUUCAAUGAACAAAAAAAAUUUUGAUUGUCAAUUAAAUCGUCUGCAAUUUUAUCGAAAUAGAAACAUGGCGGUGCAAUGUAAAAUAUCUGAAGCAUUGUAAACAGCAAAAACUUUUAUUUUCGCAUUUUUACAUUAACACCAAAAAAUAAACAUUAAUGCUUCUUAAAAGUUGUUUUUGCUUCAUUGCCUCUGCGACUCUAUUUAAAUGCAUUUUUAUUUGUGUGUGUGCAUUACCAGGUAUUGCUAACUAUAAACAGUAAACGAACAAUAAGAAGAAGUUGUGUUUUUAUUCAGUAUUUACGAAUAAAAUAUCUAAAAACUAUAUA